AUGCUCCGGCGGACCGUGGCGCUGCUGGCGGUCGCGUGCGUGGCCACCCGAGCGUGCGGAGACGAGAUGUGUCCGCCCGUCGUCGUGGAGCUGCAAUGCGGCUCGGACGGUGUCAUCUACAUGAACGCGUGCCUUGCGGAGAAGAAAAAGUGCAGCAACCGGGCGUUCACGUACACGGCCGGCGCAUGCCCCAAGAAGACACCGCUGCCACGCAGGCCUAUGGCGACGGUCGAUUUGAAUGCGAUCACGUUUCCUCGUUUCCCAACGCCGCACCUGCGAGCGCCGACAGUCGACGAGGGUGACGAGCCUCGCCAGGCCUUUCACGACAAUUAG